AUAAAAGGCUUGGAAACGUUUCAGAAAUAAAAAGGCAUUUGUCGCAACGGACGCUCACGCCUGAAGGGAGAAGGGAAACAUGGCGGAGAAGUUGGCACCGGACAAGCGACACAGCUUUGUCCACAACGGGCAGAAGGUGUUCGAAUGGGAUCAAACUUUGGAGGAGGUUAACGUCUACCUCGAUCUCCCCCCGAAUGUCCCGAAGAAGCUAUUCUAUUGCAAGAUCCAGUCGCAGCAUAUCGAAGUUGGCAUCAGAGGCAACCCCCCUUAUCUCAACCGUGAUCUCGCCUGCCCCGUAAAGACUGAUUCGUCGUUUUGGACGCUUGAGGAUGGGACAAUGCAUGUGACACUGCAGAAGAGAGACAAAGGACACACAUGGUCAUCUCCAAUAGUCGGGCAGGGUCUCCUAGAUCCUUAUUCAGUGGAUCUUGAACAGAAGCGCCUUAUGCUGCAGAGGUUCCAAGAAGAGAAUCCAGGAUUUGACUUUUCUCAGGCUCAGUUCACGGGAACCUGCCCUGACCCCAGGACCUUCAUGGGUGGGGUACGAUCUGACUGAGAGGGCUGGACUUCUUAGCAUUAGCUUGUGAUCCUCAACCUUUCUUAUAAAUGUUAUAGAUUGUUGCACACAUUUUAAGUUCAUGGUUUCUGUAAAGUAUUCCUGUAUAAAGCCUUUGUGGCAUCUGACUUCAAGAAUCAACGGAGCUAUUUAUGACUUGUCAGACUCAAUCUAGUGGAGACAGUUACUGUGACUUGUUUGAGUUAUUUGUUUCUGAAGAUUUUUCACUGUUUAUAAAAAAAAUAAAGAUUGAGCAAGAACUUAGGCGCCCUUUGUUGAA